AUGAGCCCAAGUGCCUGUUUUCAGCAAUGUGUAAAGGGCAGCCUUCACGUGCCACAAUGUAAACCUUGCCUGAUCCAAGUUUUAAGGGCCGUUCCUGGAAGCCGCCCGGAGACGGCAGGAAGCAAUCUCUCUCUCGCUCCAGUUCUUCGACAGGGGCUGCGGUCCAAGGACAGCAGUGCGCUUGAUCAGACACUGCUGCUCAAAGACCGAGACAUGAUGGACACGUCUGUUUUGGAGCUGUCGAGCACUGAAGCUUUUGACCUGCUCCAAGAGUGCGCGAAGCGAUUGUUGGAGAAGCCUCUAGAGGGCCAGGUGUAUUGCGCAUGGAUACAGCGGGUGGUUUUUCACCAUGGUAUGUUCAUACGCUCGCAUCCGGCGCUUAGAGAUGCUCUCCGGCCGCUUCACGAUGCCACAAGCUCUAGAUGCGCCUCCUACAGAGGUUUGAUGUACAUGCACGGUCGCCUUCAUGGCCUUGUUGCAAGGGGAACAGAGGUGUUAGAGAGAGAGGCCACAGAGACGGUCGUCCGAGUCCCACUGCUGGAAUAUGUCGAGGGUGAUGAGGACUUGGAAGAAGACGAAAAGCAGAAGCAGGAGGAAGAGGUUGGAGAAGUGGAGGACGACGAGGAUGACGAGGACCUCGAUUUCAAUGCGGAUGAUUGGUUGGAGAGUGACGACUAA